AUGAGAGUGCACACAAAAGAGAAACCUUUUAGAUGUGAGGUUUGCACUAGAGCCUUCACUCAGAAAACUAAUCUCAUUGCACACAUGAGAGUACAUUCAGACGAGAAACCAUACAACUGUGAGAUAUGUAGUCGUGCAUUCUCUCUGAAGACCACUCUUGUUAAACACAUGAAAGUACAUACACAGGAGAAGCCUUAUGAUUGUCAGGAGAAGCCAUAUACCUGUCCAGUUUGCAACAAGGGAUUCUCACAAAAAUAUUUUCAAGUAGACCACGCCAACGGAACUGCCGUCGACACCGUGCUCUUGAGGUUCUAA